UCUCUUAUCUGUCCUUCCCCGGGCAGGUGGUGAAGUAUCUGAGGGAAACCAGUAAAGAGACGUUGUUAUUUCUAGACUAAAGAUAUUUCACUCCCCUUUUCUUUCCAGUUAUUUCGGCUAACGAGCCAAAAGUAGGGUUUCUCUUUUCUGGUUUUAAUCACAGUAACGGACUAUUUCCUCCACAUCUCUCCUUCUGUUCUGUCUAUUAUUUUGCUGAGAGCGAGUGCACCCAGCUUCUCUCCCUCCUCCCCCCCCUUCUCUCCCACUCGCUGUGGAGGAGCACCAUAAGAAGCAUCUGAAGGCUUCGCGCUUUUCCUUCCGCCGCUGCUCCUUCGCUGAAGGAUUUCCAAAAGUCAUUCCAAGUGGACUUUCUGUGAGUGAUUUUGGCACAGAAGUGCAGUUCGGGAUCGGAUCCAGGAGGGUAAAGCACUCUGACCUGGAAGGGACGUGUAUUUGGACAGAGAAGGAGAAAAGUAAAGGAGAGAAAUGGAGAACACGCGUGGUAUCUUAUUUCCAAAAAUGUCUUAUCGGAUGGAUUAGGACAAAAAAGAGCAGAAAAGACCUCAAGCUUUUCAUUUCAUAUCUUCGAUUUAUAUCUGGAUAUGGACUGCCGGCUGUAAUCAAUUUCUUAAUUGACAUUUGCAACCAUAACACUUGGACUUGGUGUUGGAUUUUAAGACGAAAAAAAGGGGAAACCCUGCACUGCAGCUUCUCUAACAUCUCCUCUUGAUUGGUUAAUCGAUUAAUCAAUAUAUUAACGACCCCAACCUGCAAAGUGGGUUAAUCGAUUAUCUCAUCAUUAAGGUCGAUCUAUUUGCCAAUUUGGCCCUCAAACCAAAAAUAACCCUUUAAUAAAACGUAUAAUAAAGUAAAAACAAAUAAUGAUACAUAAAUGUAUCUUUACAAAUACAACAUUACGUCUUCACACUCUGCAAUAAAUAAAUGUUAGAAUACAACAAGGGCAUAAAGUACCAUAAAGUACUCCAAGAAUGAGCAAAAACUCGUAAUUGACCCAACUAUCUCCAUUUGAAAUCAUUAUAAUAAUGUAAUAAGGACUGUUAUAGCGCAAGUGCUUCGCGGGAUUCCAGUUUGGAGAUUGGAAGUUAUUUUUGGCUGCGCAAAGUAGAGCGGCUCUUCCACACCAGUGCCCGGACAGAGACAGGCUGAACGCAGAGGUCUACCUACUGUUUUACACCCCGACCGAAACAGAGACACAAGACAGGAGGAAAGAUGCGUAGCUGCAGUUAAUUGGAGCGGACUUGGAGUAGAGAGGGAUUGUAUUAUUUUCGCAAGAAGCGAGACUUUCCUCUUUCAGGCUGUUAAUCUCGUUUUUUUUGGCAGAGAGAAUAACAAACAACCUCUAUCCUUUUAUUUAAAAGAAGACACUCGAGGAGAGAACCAGAGGUGGGAUUAUUUCGGCAACGACUGGUCAAGAUUCUGCCGCUUGGAUUCAGGAUUAGUUACUCCAAAAACGCCGGGUACCAGGGGAGACUAGAGAGAUGACUUCUUUAUCCCUCCUCUUCCUCCUCCUCCUCCUCCUCCUCGCCUUGGGAGCCUGUGACGAUGUCAAGUACAUCUCCAAGAGGAACUCAGUGGAUGGAUGCAUAGACUGGUCGGUGGAUCUGAAGCAGUACCAUGUUCUGGCCGGGGAACCUCUUCGGUUGAAAUGUGCCUUGUUCUACAGCUACAUCCGAACCAACUACACCAUGGCCACCAACGCCAAACUGCGCCUCAUCUGGUACAAGAACAAAGGAGAUGCAGAGGAGCCUAUCAUCUUCUCUGGUCAUAGACUGAGUAAAGAAGACGACUCGAUCUGGUUCAGAUCUGCUGAAAUGGAAGACAAUGGAUUCUACACCUGUGUACUAAGGAACUCAACAUACUGCAUGAAAGUGUCCAUGUCGAUGACUGUGGACAAGAGCGAUGAGGGGAAAUGCUUCAGCAGCAAAAUCCGACACGUGGAGAAAGCCGAAAUAACCCACAACAAAAUGAUCAUCUGUCCUGAUAUAGGGGACUAUUUGGCUCCAUACAAGCAGCCACAGAUGACCUGGUAUAAGGAGUGUGAACGGGUUGAAUGGAGAAGCUCCAUCAUUGUUAACACUACACACGUCUGGAUUCCUGAGGUGGAGGAGGGUGACGAGGGAAAUUACACCUGUGAGUUACAGUAUGGCUCCAGACAUGUGCGACGAACGACUCAACUCAAAGUCACAGCUCUUCAGACCUCUAAGCCUCCCAAGGUCCUUUUCCCCCCGGAGAGACAAGACACAUCGAUAGAAAUCACGCCUGGUAUGCCUCUCAGUCUGGACUGCAAGGCUUUUUUUGGCUACAGCGGAGAAAACAGAAGGCCCAUUAUCUACUGGAUGAAAGGAGAAAAGUUUGUUGAAGAACUAGCGGGACACAUUAAAGAGAGUGAAGUCAUAGUUUUGAGGGAGCACUUAGGAGAGAAGGAGGUGCAGCUCUCCUUAACCUUCGAUGCUGUGGAUGAGGCAGACCUGGCCAACUACACCUGUUAUGUGGAGAACCACAUAGGGAGGCGCAGCGGGAGUGCUAUACUGCAGAAGAAAGACAUGUAUAGUCUGGAGUUGGCUGGUGGUCUGGGGGUCAUACUGUUGCUGCUGGGAGUCCUCACUGCACUUUAUAAGUGUUACAACCUGGAGAUCAUGCUCUGCUACAGGAGGCACUUUGGAAGCGAUGAAACUGAAGAUGAUAAUAAGGAGUAUGAUGCCUAUCUCUCCUACACUAAAGUGGACCUGGACUGUUUGGGCAGCAGAGGAAGCAGCGACGAAGAAACAUUUGCUUUGGAGAUCUUGCCGGACGUUUUAGAGAAACAUUAUGGAUACAAGCUGUUUUUACCAGACAGAGAUCUCAUACCCAGCAGCAUUUUCCCUUUGUCUCCAUGUGUCUCUCUCCCAGCCUACAUCGAGGACUUGGCUCGCAGUGUGGAGCAGAGCAGACGUCUGAUCAUCGUUUUGACUCCAGAGUUUGUUGCCAAAAGAGGGUGGAGCAUCUUUCAGAUAGAGACACGCCUCCACUCCAUGCUGGUUACCGGGGAGAUCAAGGUGAUCAUGAUUGAGUGUGCAGACCUGAAGAAUGUCAUCAACUACCAAGAGGUGGAAGCACUUAAACACACGAUCAAGGUUUUAUCCAUCAUCAAGUGGAGGGGUCCUAAGAGCAAUGAGCUGUCAUCUAAGUUUUGGAAACAGGUGGUCUAUGAUAUGCCUGCUAAACGCAGAGAGACGCUGUCCAGACGCCAGGUGAUGGACUCCGGCGAACAGGGUCUCUUUGGUGACCUACAGACCACUGUAUCCACCAUUGCCAUGACAACCACCUCCGCCUCCUUGGCGCCCCAAAAGGACAGUCGCCAUGGACAUCAUCAGGUUGCCUUGGGGACGGACAUCCCGGACUAUAAUCACAUGACGUUGCCGCUGGGAGGCGGUCACAAUGCCACAGCAGCCCAAAUGAGGCACUUCUGCCGCAGCUAUGAGUUCCAGCUUCCCCCACAGCCCCCCUCCAUGUCGCCUCCCCUCCCACCUCCCUCCACCGUGCAGUUCUCCACCCUGGGCCCAGGAGGGCGCCACGUCUAUUGCAACAUCCCUAUGACACUGCUGAAUGGACAGGGGUUCAAAGCUGUUCACUGGGGAACAAGAGGGGCAUCAGAGCAGUACGCUUGGGAAGAAACCAGAACUCCACAUGAACAGCACCUUUGUACCUCUCACCAGCAGAGAACUAAGCUCUGACAUUUGGUAGAGGGACUGCUCAACUGGUACCGGAUUACAGACUGUUUUAACACUGGAUUUGGUAAAGGUUUAGACCGGUUCCUUAUUGGGUGUUUGGACUGUGUACAGCCUUGUUUCUAAGGAGGGACUGCUUAGGGAAUGCCUGCAGACUAUAUUUGAGAAACUUUAUCCCACGCCAUGAAGAAAGGACUGCCUGAAGACUGCAUAAACCUUGGAUUCUCAAUGGUUGGAUUAAAUAGCUGCAGACUUCUCACAGACAAGCAGAUUCAUCUUUUAAAACUGAUUGUACACUGGUUCUGGACAACUGGGUACGGACUGAUACAAUGACUGGUUAUACACUUUGGACCUGUGCAGAGAUUUUCUAGACAGUUAUGGACAUGUGGAUGUACAAAUGGGAAAAUGUCCAGGAUACUCAAACAAUGGUAUCGACAAACAGGAGUGCUCCUACCAAGUUGGACUUUGGAGCACAAAAAAAAACAUCUCAAAUUACCAUCUGCUCACGGACCAGCUGUUGAUUAAUCAACUGCUUAAGUUCUCGUAGAUGCCGCUCAAUGUAGCGCAAUCUCAGAAUGCCGAUGGAUCUCUCAGUGGAGCUUGCAGUAAAUCCAUCUACUUGUUGACUAGUUGGCAUGUCAGUAUACAAGGCAACAUUCAAGCAAUGAUUUUGGAAUACCAGUCCACCUUAAAACAACAAGUCAACCUCUUGAAAAGCUAUUCCUAGCUAGCUAGCUAGCUACCUGGUUUGUUUUCCUGGAAUCUAAAAUGGUUGACUUAAAAUAAAUGGAUUCCAGCAGGAAUAUCAAGAUAAGAAGCGAUCCGUGGAGCAAUUGCUGAACUGUAUAACUGAGAAAGCACACUUAGCAGGUAUAUAUGGAAAAAUAACUAGUUGCCUCUGAAAGGCUAGUUAGUUCUCGAGCUAAAAGCACCAGGAGACUGCUAACACGCCAGCUCACCUUGUAACACAGCAAUCAGCAAGUAGUCAACUCAUCAAGAGGUGAGCUGGCCAAGAGGUAACCUUUAACCACCAAGCUAAAAGCAAAAAGGACUUGGCUUUUUCUAUUUGCAUGACCAUCCAUUUAGAUAAAAAAAAUAAUCAAAUAAAUAUAGAUAAGAGUAAACAACACAAUCAUUUCUCGCAGCCUCUUUUAAUAAGGGGAAGGAUAAAUGUAUUUUGUUGAUACAGUAUUGUUUUCUGUCCGGCCAUGAAGUAAAGAUAGAAACUGAUAAAGGGAAAAAAGGAGGUGUCCCUCCAAAAGCAUUUUUUUAGUUUUAGGAUUUUAUGUAUUUAGACGGUUGGUCACUAUUUUAACCAGUCUUUGUUUUUAAAUGUUUGUUACAAUAAUCUCUGUACAGCUUCCAUAACUUAUGCAUAGACAUAUACAUGACAGUGAUUUGUUCCCUACAAUUUAUGUUAACUCCCACAGUGUGUGAGACCCAGAGCCUUUUAUUGCUUUCAUUCUGUUCCUCUUUUCAUCCAUGGAUGGAUGGAUGGAUGGAUGGAUGGAUGGAUGGAUGGAUGGAUGGAUGGAUGGAUGGAUGGAUGGA